CUAUAUCAUUGAAUUCCUUCCAUAGAUAGACACAUCUAUAUCAUUUCCACCAACAUUUGUUCCACCCCAACACCCAUUUCUGAAAAUCCUCCACCAUGGCAAGCCACCUUCAAGUUCAGCAACAGAAACAACAACUGAAUCUGCCGCCGGGGUUCAGGUUUCACCCAACGGACAUGGAGAUCAUCAUCUUCUACCUGGUCCCCAAAGUGCUGAAGAAAGCCUUCGACAAGACAGUGGUGGGGGAGGUGGAUUUAAAAAAAUAUGAGCCAUGGAAUCUCCCAAAUGAGGUAAACAUGGGGGAGAAGGAUCGAUACUUCUUCUCCCAGAAGGACCUCAAGUACCCCACAGGGAUACGGACCAAUCGGGCCACGAAUGCUGGCUAUUGGAAGGCUACCGGAAAGGACAAGGCGAUCCUCCUACCGGCGACCACAACUCUCAUCGGCAUGAAGAAGACACUGGUCUUCUACAAGGGCAGGGCACCUAGGGGGGAGAAGACAAACUGGAUCAUGCACGAGUACAGAAUUGAGAUUGGCAAGCAACCGACACCCGACUUGCCCGCCGACAUCACUGAAGCCGCCACCAUUAAUGCGUCUUCCAAGGAGGAGUAUGUGGUUUGCAAAAUCUUCCAUAAGAGCACAGGACCGAAGAAGGUUGUGAUGUCAUCAUAUGCCCUGCCCAUUCCUAUAUCCAUGGGCGCAGACCAGCAUCAGGGCUUCCCUGAAUCUACUACAUUGGCUCCUCUCAUGGACUAUGAUGUAUUUUCAUCACUGGCGCCACCACCGCCGCUGUCUGCAGCUUCUGUAUAUCAGAUGCAUGCCAUCGAGGCCGGAUCAUCCAUGAUGGGUAGUGUGGUGUUCCCAAUGAUGAACAACGAUUACUUUGGGAACAACCACCACCAGAUGAUGGCCACCCCACCACAGUCAACGAUGUCAUUCAACAACCACAACCAGCACCAACAGAUGAUGCAUAUGAGUGCAAACCGGGGCUUCAUGGCAGGGGUCGAUCCAGGGAGCAGUUCAUCAUGCAUAGCGUCGCAGGAGGAUGUUAUGACUGGCCUGAGCAACAACAACCAUGGCUAUGUUGGCGCAUCGAUGUCCGACGAGAUCUCGUCAGUCAACAUGGGUAUGGAUGGCAUGUGGAACUACUAAUGAUCAGAUGAUGUGAGAGGACAUAUACAUAUGUUCAUGCAUAAAAUAAUUACCCACCAGAAGAUCAGUUGAUAUAUACCAACAUCUUUAUUAGUUUGCACCGCAUUUUUAUUUUCAGCAUGGUCAGAAAAGAGUUUGUAUGUAUUGUCUUGUUGGCUUGCCUCUCUUGUUCUAGUAUUGUGUGUAUGUGUGUUGGCUUGUAUAUGCACCACUUACUGGUGUAUACCUAGCUAAAUUAGCAUGUGUUAUAAAAUACUUGGCAGUGUGUAUAUCGUGCAUGUUUUAAACUUGUGUGGGAUAAACUCUUUUGUUUAAUAAUUAAUGAAUAUUUGACUAAAUGUAUUA